GCAGUGGUGAGAGGACGCAGAGCCAUGGCGAGUCCCGGACAGAAAGUGGUGCUGAUUACAGGCUGCUCCUCCGGUAUUGGCCUGAGGAUGGCUGUGAUGCUGGCAAAUGAUGAACAGAAGCGUUAUCACGUCAUUGCCACGAUGCGUGAUCUGAAACGUAAAGAUAAGCUGGUUGAGGCUGCAGGGGAAGCCUAUGGCAAAACUCUCUCUCUGGCUGUACUCGAUGUCUGCAGCGAUGAGUCUGUCAAACAGUGUAUUAAUGGCAUCAAAGAUCGACACGUGGAUGUCCUCAUCAAUAAUGCAGGUAUUGGCCUAGUGGGUCCUGUGGAGAGCAUCCCCAUUGAAGAGAUGAAGAAUGUGUUUGAGACCAAUGUCUUUGGAGUGAUCCGCAUGAUAAAGGAGGUGAUGCCUGAUAUGAAGAAAAGAAGAGGAGGACACAUCAUUGUGGUCAGCAGCGUGAUGGGACUGCAAGGUGUGGUGUUUAAUGACGUGUACGCAGCCUCCAAGUUUGCCAUUGAGGGCUUCUGUGAGAGUAUGGCUGUGCAGCUCUUGAAGUUUAAUGUCACAAUGUCGUUGAUUGAGCCGGGUCCAGUUCACACAGAAUUCGAGGCAAAGAUGAUUCAGGAGGUGAAACAGAGGGAGUGUCCUGGUGCUGAUCCUGACACAGUGCAUUACUUCAAGAAUGUCUACCUUCCUUCUUCCAUUGACAUCUUUGAGGUUAUGGGACAAACACCUGACGACAUCGCCAGAUGCACCAAGAAAGUGAUCGAAGCAAGCAGCCCACGUUUUCGUAAUCUGACCAACCGUAUGUACACGCCCAUCGUAGCACUGAAAUAUGCUGAUGAAACUGGAGGUCUAUCUGUCCAUGCCUUCUACCACAUGCUCUUCAAUAUGGGGACGCUCAUGCACAUCAGCAUGAAUGCCAUGAAGUACCUCACCUGUGGAUGUCUGAGGAGCAGAACAGUUUCACCAAACUAAAACAUGCAUGUUUCACACUGCCAGACUGGCAGUUUGUCGACCUGAAUAAAGAUCACAUGCUACCUCACCUUAGGUGUUUUCUUUAGAGGAUCACACAAAAUGUAAGGGACUAACAUACUGUACUUGCCCAGGCUCAUAUAGUGAAAUAUAGUCACAAAUCCACAAACCCAUUCAACACUUUUUGUGACCUACCUUAUUUCAUUCCAUAUAUACAGUCUGUUUUAUAAUUAAUGUCUCUCUUUUUUUCUUAUGUAUGCACAGCUACAAAAAUACAUAUAUCAAAGGUAAACAAAGAAAACACUAUAAUGAUUUUAAUAUUCAUUUUCAGCCCAGAGUGCCAAAUGUGUAAUUAUAAAACAAGCUGUAUGAAGAUAUCUUUAUUUUAUCCACCUCGGUCUAAGAUAACUUCACAUUUAGACUAUUUUAAACUCUAACUGUUUGAGAGAGAGUAACACUUUUUUUUCCAAAUGCUGUCAAUGUAAUGUCUGCCAACUGUUUCGGCAUUCAGACGGGGGUCAAAGGAUUCAAUAAUGGAACAUAAACCUGCUUAGAUUUUUAUCCAAUUAAAUUCCCCAAAUGCCCCAC